GCAGGUGACUCUGAACGACCUGCACGGCGCGCACAAGGAGCCAUCCGCCGUGUCCCUGAAGCCUCCCAAGCUGGACCUGAAGCGUGUCUCGAGCAGCCAGUCUGCACUGGCGACCAUGACGCACGCCGAGAUGAGGCGCAUGUUCGGUGGUGACCGCCGACUGGCCAUGUUUGGCUUCACCGUGGAGACCAUCACCCUGCUGCUGCUGCCCAUGGUCACCACCAAGAAGGAGGCUCUGGGCUCGAUGGGCAACGACGCGCCGCUGGCCUGUCUGUCCCAGUACAUGCCGCUCAUCUACAGCUACUUCAAGCAGCUGUUUGCCCAGGUCACCAACCCUCCGAUCGACCCGUUCCGCGAGAAGAUUGUCAUGUCACUGGCCUGCCCGAUCGGUCCGGAGGCCAACAUUCUGGAGUCGAGCGAGCUCCAGUGUAACCGACUGUACCUGGAGCAACCGAUCCUCUCUGUCAAUGACCUGCAGGUCAUCGUGGACUGCAAGUACAAAAACUGGCGGACGUGCGUGAUCGACGUGACGUACCCAGUGGAGAAGGGCGCCCGUGGCAUGCUGUCGACCAUUGACCGGGUGGCCGGCGCCGCCUGCCAGGCCGCCAAGGACGGCUACCAGCUCAUUGUUCUCUCCGACAGGAAGGCAGGACCCGAGAGGGUUCCCGUGAGCCCCCUGCUGGUGCUCGGCGCCACCCACCAUCACCUGAUUGAGGAGCGUCAGCGGAUGAAGGUCGGCCUCAUCGUUGAGACCGGAGAGGCUAGGGAGGUGCACCAGAUGUGUGUGCUGCUCGGGUUCGGUGCCGACGCCAUCUGUCCCUACAUGGUGUUCGAGAUCAUGGCCGCCCUCCGUGAGGAGAAGGUCCUGGAUGAGACCUUCACCGACAAGGUCAUCUUCACGAACUACGUGGCGGCCAUGUCCCGUGGCAUAGCCAAGGUGAUGGCCAAGAUGGGCAUCUCCACGCUGCAGUCCUACAAGGGCGCGCAGAUCUUCGAGGCCGUCGGACUCAACCACGAGGUCAUCGACAAGUGCUUCAAGGGCACGGCGUCGCGACUGGACGGCGUCACGUUCAAGAUGCUGGCUGACGAGGCUCUAUGCCGCCACCGUCUGUCCUACAAUCUCCGAGAGUGUGACACCUACGUGCUGCCCAACCCGGGCUACUACCACUGGCGCAAGGGCGGCGAGAAACACAUCAACGACCCGGAUAACAUCGCCAGUCUGCAGGCGGCAGCGCGCACCAACAGCAAGAACGCCUACGAGCGGUUCGUGGCGUCGAGCAUGACCACGAUCCGCGAGUGCACCCUGCGCGGACAGCUGACCAUGGUCGAGUCGCAGACACCGGUGGACAUCAGCGAGGUCGAGCCGGCCAGCGAGAUCGUCAAACGCUUCUGCACUGGCGCCAUGAGUUUCGGCAGCAUCUCGUACGAGACGCACACGACUCUGGCCAUCGCCAUGAACCGGGUCGGCGGCAAGUCCAACACCGGUGAAGGCGGCGAGAACUCUGAACGGUUUGUGAUCGAGGACCCCAAGAACAUCAAACGAUCGGCCAUCAAACAGGUGGCCUCUGGCCGGUUCGGAGUGACCGCCACCUAUCUGGCCAAUGCCGACGAGAUCCAGAUCAAGAUGGCGCAGGGAGCCAAGCCCGGAGAGGGUGGCGAGCUGCCCGGACACAAGGUGUCUGAGGACAUUGCGAAGACGCGUCACUCGGUGCCCGGCGUGGGUCUCAUCUCCCCGCCGCCGCACCACGACAUUUACUCCAUCGAGGACCUGGCAGAGCUCAUCUACGACCUGAAGUCGGCCAAUCCAGCGGCCCGCAUCAGCGUGAAGCUCGUCUCCGAAGUGGGAGUCGGCGUGGUGGCCAGCGGCGUGGCCAAGGGCAAGGCCGAGCACAUCACCAUAUCGGGCCACGACGGCGGCACCGGCGCCAGCAGCUGGACGGGCAUCAAGUUCGCCGGACUGCCCUGGGAACUGGGCCUGUCGGAGACGCACCAGACUCUGACGCUCAACAACCUGCGCUCGCGCGUGGUGCUCCAGGUCGACGGGCAGAUCCGCACAGGAUUCGACGUGCUGGUGGGCGCCAUCCUAGGUGCCGACGAGUUCGGCUUCAGCACGGCGCCGCUGAUCGCGCUGGGCUGCAUCAUGAUGCGCAAGUGUCACCUGAACACGUGUCCGGUCGGCAUUGCCACCCAGGACCCCGAGCUGCGGAAGAAGUUCGAGGGACAGCCGGAGCACGUCAUCAACUACCUCUUCUUACUGGCCGAGGAGGUUCGUGGCUACAUGGCCAAGCUUGGCGUUCGCAAGUUCAACGACCUGAUCGGCCAGACCCAGUACCUGAAGCUGCGGGACGACCUGCCGCCCAAGACGAAGCUGCUGAACUUCGCGCGUAUCCUGCUGCACGCUCAGGAUCUACGGCCCAACACCAACAUCCUCGGAGGGAGCGUCGCUCAGGACUUUGAGCUGUCGACCCGAAUGGAGGAGGGCAUCAUCGCCCAGUGCAUGGACGUGAUCGACGGCAAGACGGACCGUGUGCACAUCCAGGCGGACAUCAUGAACAACUGCCGGACGUUCGGCGCCACCCUCAGCUACCACAUCGCCAAGAAGCACUUGGACGCCGGCCUUCCGGACAACAGUAUCCAGCUGGACCUGAAGGGCUCGGCCGGCCAGAGUUUCGCCGCCUUCCUCUCCAAGGGCGUGCACAUCACACUCGAGGGAGACGCCAACGACUAUGUCGGCAAGGGCUUGUCUGGCGGCGAGCUCACCAUCUACCCGCCCAAGGGCAUGCCGGAGGAGUUCCACUCCGAGGACAACAUCAUCGUGGGCAACGUGUGCCUCUAUGGCGCCACCUCGGGCCGCGCCAUGAUCCGGGGACAGGCGGCCGAGAGGUUCUGCGUGCGAAACUCCGGAGCCACCGCCGUCAUCGAGGGCGUGGGUGACCACUGCUGUGAGUACAUGACCGGCGGUCGGGUCCUGAUCCUCGGACCCACCGGACGCAACUUUGCCGCCGGCAUGUCGGGAGGCAUCGCCUACGUGUACAGCGAGGUGGCCGAGGACUUCCAGAAGAAGUGCAACAUGGAGAUGGUGGACCUGCUGCCGAUGGAGAAGGAGGAGGACAUCAUGUUCGUCGAGGCGCUGCUCCGUGAGUUCUCCGAAAAGACUGGCUCCCUGGUGGCCCUGCGCAUCCUCGACAACUGGCCAGAGAGCGUCAAGAAGUUCACCAAGGUGUUCCCGUACGAGUACCGUCGGGCGCUGCGCCAACUGGCCGAGGCUGAGUUCAAGAAGAAGCAGCUGGAGAAGAAGAAGGAGGCCAAGGAGGAGUCUGACGAGGAGCCGGACGUGCUGGACAUCGAGGACUCCAUCACCGACCCCGAGAAGGAGAAGAAGGUGCUUGUCAAGCUGGACAAGAUGAGGGGCUUCCUGCAGUACGACCGUGAGAAGAUCAUGUACCGGUCGGCCGCGGAGCGGAUGAAGGACUGGAACGAAAUCUACAACCACAAGCUGGUGAAGAAGGGACUGCGGCGCCAGGCGGCAAGGUGUAUGGAGUGCGGCACGCCGAUGUGUCAGAGCACCACCGGCUGUCCGCUGGGCAACAUCAUCCCCAAGUGGAACGACCUGGUGUACAAGGGUCUGUGGGAGGAGGCGCUGGACCACCUGCUGCAGACCAACAACUUCCCCGAGUUCACCGGCCGCGUGUGCCCGGCGCCGUGUGAGGGCGCCUGUGUGCUGGGCAUCAUCAACCCACCGGUCACCAUCAAAAACAUCGAGUGCGCCAUCAUCGACCACGGAUUCGAAAUGGGCUGGGUGCACCCGGAGCCGCCGCUCAGGCGCACCGGUAAGAAGGUCGCCAUCGUGGGAGGCGGUCCGGCCGGCAUGGCGGCCGCCGCCCAGCUCAACAAGGCCGGCCACACAGCUGUCGUGCUGGAGCGAAACGACCGCAUCGGCGGCCUCCUCCAGUACGGCAUCCCCACCAUGAAGCUGGACAAGGGAGUGGUGGCGCGCCGCGUCAAGCUGCUCGAGGACGAGGGCGUCAUGUUCGUCACCAACUGCAAUGUCGGCGUUGACGUCAAGCCCAAGGAGCUGCUGAGUGAGUAUGACGCCGUGAUCCUAUGCACGGGUGCCUCCUGGCCUCGUGACCUGCCGAUCCCCGGCCGAAAGCUGGAGGGCAUCCACUUCGCCAUGGAGUUCCUGGAGACGUGGCAGAAGAAGCAGAUGGGUAACGACAUUGACGAGACGCGCCUCUCGGCCAAGGACCGUGACGUCAUCGUCAUCGGCGGCGGAGACACGGGCAACGACUGCAUCGGCACCUCCCUGCGGCACGGCGCCCGCUCGGUGACGGCAUUCGAGAUCCUGCCGCGGCCGCCGGACUCGCGCGCCAGCGACAACCCCUGGCCUGAGUGGCCCAAGGUGUUCCGUGUCGACUACGGACACGAGGAGGUCAAGCACAAAUUCGGCGCCGACCCGCGCCACUACUCGAUCAUGUCCAAGGAGUUUCUGUCGGACGAUUCGGGCCGCGUGUCGGGCGUGCGCACCGUUCGUGUGGAGUGGGUGAAGGACGACGAGGGACGCUGGCAGCUCAAGGAGCAGCCCGACACCGAACAGGUGUUCAAGGCCGACCUGGUGAUCCUGGCCAUGGGUUUCCUGGGCCCGGAGGCCGACCUCAUCAAGCAGAUGGAGCUCGAGCAGGACCCCCGCUCCAAUGUCAAGACUCCGCCGGGAAAAUACAAUACCAGCUUGCCGGGCGUAUUCGCAGCGGGAGACUGCCGCCGCGGCCAGUCGCUGAUCGUGUGGGCCAUCUCCGAGGGUCGUCAGGUGGCUCGGCAGGUGGACGAGUUCCUCUCCGACGGACUCACCAUGCUUCCCAGCGAGGGAGGUAUCAUCCGCAUCCCGGCCAUGGGUGAAAAGAAGGCCUGGGACCCGCUGGAAGACUACGAGAUACCCGUGUAGGCUACUAGCAGUCAGCGCCGCCGCUUCCGAGCCACUCUCGUCACCCGUUGCCCGAAGCCGCCGCCGGCUAGUCUAGUGCUAAUAGUGGUGUGCUCAGUAGCACUGGAGGGCCAGCCGGCCCAGCUCGACAUCCUGACCCUCGUCGUGGUGUGUGUGGCCGAUCGUUGCUUCUUGUUUGGCUUACGGUGCUACGAGGAGAUGCAUAGCUGGCGGUUGGGCUAGAUGUGCUGGCGUGAGACAGUACCCUGUCGUGUAGAAUGGGUAAAGCGAGGUGGUCCCGCGUGCGUUCGCGGCAAGAGCUUUGGGUGCCGUGGCCGGACGUCCGUCUCGAGACAGGGCGCGGUUUUUGUCAGAUGAUCUGUCUGCAGCCAGAAGGACGGAUUAGUGAGGCUGUCGGAAGAAGAGUAACCACGUGCGCGAGGGUCUCCCUGAGGGGCCGAGACGACGCUGAGUGAGAUUCUGAAGCAUGUUUUCUGUGAGAGCUUUUGUGAAGUGUGCGGUCGAACGGCGUGGCCCUCGACCCGUUCGAGCAGUAUGUGUAUGUGUGAAUGAGUGAGUGUGGUGGAACCAGUCAGUCAGUCGACUCUCGUUAGAAAUAAAUGGUUUCUCUGCCACCA